AUAGAAAAAUACCCUACCCCAUAAAAAAGUUUCCCUUGUAAUUUUCCCGCAUGAACUUUUGGAGAAAAGUAUGGGAGAAGACAAAUAAAAUGAGUACAAGUACAAGUGUUCUUAUUUCUCUUAGAAGUUGAAAGAUGUUCUUUUUCUCCCUUUUCCGCAAAUCCAUUUAGACAUUUUCUGCUCACAAAGAUUUCUUCUUGUUGUUGACCAGGCUAAAAUGGAUCGUGAGGAUUGCUUUCAAGAAAUUCCGGAGCGAAAAUAUGAAUGCCUACUUUUUGAUGUUGAUGACACCCUCUACCCAUUUAGUUCUGGUAUUUCAGCUCAAUGCACUUUGAACAUAAAUGAAUACAUGAUUGAAAAGCUUGGUAUUGAACCCACCAAAGUUCCAGAAAUGUGUGUGCAACUUUACAAGGACUAUGGAACAACAAUGGCUGGUUUGAGGGCCAUCGGCUAUGACUUCGACUAUGAUGAGUACCACAGCUUCGUCCACGGGCGAUUGCCUUAUGAGCUCUUAAAGCCAGAUCCUGUUCUGAAGAAUCUUUUACACAGCUUGCCUGUCCGAAAAGUUAUAUUUUCGAAUGCAAAUGAAGCCCAUGUGGCCAUGGUCCUAAGCCGACUGGGUCUUGAAGACUGCUUUGAUGAUAUUAUCUGUUUCGAGACUCUGAAUCCUCCUCGCCCCAGUAGUGUACCACAAGGCUUGAAUAGUAAUGGAUUUCCCAAGUCUCCAGUCGUAUGCAAACCAUUUGAAGAAGCCUUUGAAAAGGCUUUCAAAAUUUCUGAUAUUAAUCCCAAGCGCACGCUGUUUUUUGACGACUCCAUCCGAAAUCUGCAGACAGCGAAACACACUGGUCUCAGCACGGUGUGGGUGGGGGGAUCGCAUCCAACUACGGGAGUGGAUUAUGCUCUAGAGAGCAUCCACAAUAUGAAGGAGGCGCUCCCGGAGAUAUGGGAAACGGCUGUAAAGACAGAUGAUGUUCGCUAUUCAGAGAAAGCUGCAAUUGGAGUCCAAGCUUAAAUAAGAACAGAAGCCUCCCAUGUUUCUAUCUUUGUUUGUUUCUUUGGUUAGGAGAAAUACUGAUAAAUAAUUGAAGGAAACAUUG